CGGGAGCCAAGAUCCAAGGAGCAACAGCUGUAGUGUUGGGUCGCAGCAAGAUUGUUGGCACCCCUAUGGCAGAGCUGUUGAAGUGGCACCAUGCAACAGUCACCACCUGCCACUCUCGCACUGUUGACCUCCCUGCUGUGACUCGGACAGCUGACAUUCUGGUGGUAGCAAUCGGCCGACCAGAGUUUGUGAAACAGUCAUGGAUAAAGCCCGGAGCUGUGGUAAUUGACUGUGGUAUUAAUGCAAUCCCAGAUGCCACCAAGAAAUCAGGAUCCAGGUUGGUUGGUGAUGUUGCUUAUGCAGAGGCUUCAAAGGUGGCUUCAGUGAUCACCCCAGUGCCAGGUGGUGUUGGGCCCAUGACUGUAGCCAUGUUGAUGCAGAACACAGUCAUCUCGGCUCAGAAGGCUGCUGCCCAGAUGAAAGUGUCCAAAUGGAACAUCAGUUAUUUACCUUUAGAACUUCUUGAAAAAGUCCCGAGUGAUAUUGAGGUGGCUCGUGCUCAGACACCAAAGGACAUUGCAGAACUGUCAAAGGAAAUAGGACUGCUUGGGUCAGAAGUUGAUCUUUAUGGUAAAAAGAAAGCCAAGGUGUCCCUUUCAGUCUUACAGCGACUUGUUUUUCAAAAAGAUGGGAAAUACGUCGUCGUGGCCGGAAUUACUCCUACUCCCCUGGGUGAAGGCAAAAGCACCACCACCAUUGGCCUGGCACAAGCAUUGGGAGCCCACCUGAAGACGAAUACUUUUGCUUGUGUCCGACAGCCCUCACAAGGUCCUACAUUUGGCAUAAAGGGUGGUGCUGCUGGAGGAGGGUAUUCUCAGGUGAUUCCCAUGGAUGAGUUUAACCUCCACCUGACCGGAGACAUCCAUGCCAUCACAGCUGCCAACAACCUCUUGGCUGCCCAGAUUGAUGCCAGGAUGUUCCACGAGUCCACCCAGACUGACAAAGCCCUGUAUGGUAGACUGGUUCCUAACAUCAAGGGUGUUCGUCAGUUCUCACAGAUCCAGGUGAACCGCUUGAAGAAAUUGGGUAUUGUAGAAACUAACCCUGACAAAUUGUCUGAGGAGGAGAUAACCAAGUUUGUGCGUUUAAACAUUGAUCCAGCGACCAUUACCUGGCAGAGAGUUAUGGACACAAAUGACCGGUUCCUGCGGAAGAUCACCAUUGGCCAGAGUCCCACAGAGAAGGGCAACACGAGAGAAUGUCAAUUUGACAUCACAGUGGCAAGUGAGAUCAUGGCCAUCUUGGCUCUGACGACCUCCCUGUCAGACAUGAGGGAGCGGUUGGGGAAGAUGGUUGUUGCCUCUGAUACAUCUGGUAACCCUGUCACUGCAGAAGACUUGGGAGCGAGUGGUGCACUAACAGUCCUCAUGAAGGAUGCCAUCCAGCCUAAUCUCAUGCAGACCCUGGAGGGCACACCAGUGUUUGUACAUGCUGGACCAUUUGCCAACAUUGCCCAUGGCAACUCUUCCAUCUUGGCUGAUAAGAUUGCACUUAAGCUGGUUGGUGCAGAGGGCUUUGUGGUGACAGAAGCUGGCUUUGGUGCCGACAUAGGUAUGGAGAAAUUCUUCAACAUCAAGUGCCGGUACUCUGGUCUGGUGCCCAACGCUGUGGUUCUGGUGGCCACGGUACGAGCCCUCAAGAUGCACGGUGGCGGUCCUACCGUCACACCGGGAGUACCUCUCCCACCCGAGUACACUAAAGAAAACUUGGAGCUAGUUGAGGGAGGCUUCAGCAACUUGAGGAAGCAGAUUGAAAAUGGUAGGAUAUUUGGUAUCCCAGUGGUAGUAGCCAUCAACUCCUUCAUAACUGACACAGAAGCUGAACUGAAUCUGAUGAAGAAGCUGGCCAUAGAUGCUGGUGCUGUUGAUGCUGUUAUCUGCAACCACUGGGCCAAGGGAGGAGCUGGAGCAGUCCAGUUGGCAGAGGCUGUUGUUGCUGCCUCAAACCAACCUUCAGAUUUCAAGUUCCUGUACAACUUGAAUCAUCCCAUAGAGGACAAGAUUCGUGCCAUUGCCCAGAAGAUCUACGGCGCUGACGACAUAGAGAUCCAACCUGAGGCGCAAGAACAGAUUAACCGCUACCGGAAACAGGGCUUCAAUGACCUUCCAAUAUGUAUGGCUAAGACUCACCUGUCCCUGACAUCAGAUCCUAGUAAGAAGGGCGCACCCACAGGCUUCAAAAUUCCCGUUAGAGACGUACGAGCAUCAGUCGGUGCCGGCUUCCUCUACCCUCUUGUAGGAACGAAGGAGUGUGGGCAAGUCCCACGUCCACCCACGCUGGCUCGUGGCUUGCAAUGGCUGCGACGCCUCACGCCAAAGUGAGGCCUCGGUAAAAUUUGAGAUGAGUACGAUGCCAGGGUUACCUACAAGACCCUGCAUAUAUGACAUUGACCUUGACUUGGAAAAAGAGGAAGUUCAGGGGCUUUUCUAAACACUGUAAUGUUCUACAAUUAAUAGUCUAUGUGCUCAAUAAUAGAAACACAGGCCAGUGGUAGGUAAGUAGGUUUGUAUAACUUACCAUCUGCUGGUCAUCAUAGGGUAAACAAUUGUUGAUAUUCCUUUGUUGAUAUACAGUACUGUACUUGUAUGGGUGGUUAACUUACUGCUGAUAAAUGUGAAUGUAAAACAGUGCCAAGAAAUUUUGACGUUGAACAGUUGUUAUACAGUACAAGAACUUUCACUGUGUAUAAAGUAUCCUGUUAAAGUUGUGCCAUUUCUAUACAGUUAAGUAUUUUUGGUUGUCUCAGAAAAGUUAAUGGCUCUGUAAAUGCAAUCCUGAAUAUAUUUUAUGAAUCCAGAAGUCUACUGGAGAGGUGUGUUGUUUGUAUUCUUGUUACAUAUUUUUGUAAAAUGAUGAAUAUAAUAAAUUAAAUGAGGGUCAUUUGCUA